GUAGUUGUACCAAAACUUGUUUUUUUUAAGUGUUUUUUUGAAUUUUGAUAAGUACAGUACUUUACUGUACACAGCUUACUGUUACUCAAUGUCAUUGGAGUCUUGGACACUGUGAUUAUAUCCAAAAACUUACGUUUAAUACGAGUACCUCCUGCAGCUUAUUUUUAUUUUAUUUUGCAUUAAUCUGUUAGGUAGGUACUAUUAGUACUUUUGGUUUUCUGGAACCCUUGUUUCGUCAGAAAUCCAGGACACUGUACUCACGCUCAGAUUGCCGACUGUGAUCUGUGGGUGACAGAUUAAAAUUUGCGACAUUUCCGGGAUUUCCCGUGUACUUUUGAAGGGAAACCACUAAGAUCUGAAAAUGUUGUUUUAUUCCUUUUUCAAAUCCCUCAUCGGCAAGAAGAUCGUGGUGGAGCUCAAAAAUGACAUGAGCCUUGGAGGCACCCUGGAUUCAGUGGAUCAGUAUUUGAACAUGAAGUUGAUGGACGUUGCUGUGACGGAUCCGGCGAAGUUCCCGCAUAUGCUAGCGGUGAAGAAUAUUUUUAUCCGCGGUUCGGUCAUUCGGUAUGUUCACUUGCCAGCGGAAGAAGUGGAUGUGGAGCUGCUGCAGGACGCUUCUCGGCGCGACGCUCAACAGGCCAAGACCCAAGCAAAAACUCAGUCUUCUACCAAACCUCAGCCUCAACAACGUUCUGCGGUGCCGUCAACCGGUGGGGGAGCAAAUGUUGUUGGUUAAAGUACAGUACAGAAAAGACAUUCAACAUUAGUUCCAUUCUCUGUUUACUGUUGCAAGGUUUGUAUAGGAAAUUAGGAAUGCAUUGUUACUUUGUAAUUCACAGAAUCACAGAUUAAGUAUUCUCCGUUUUUUAAAUUGUGGUGGUGAUGUUGACAACUUGAUGCAUUGCGGGCUCGCAAUCUUGGAUUUUUAACAGCAAGACUGGAAGAUCGCUCCAAAGAAAAAUUCGGAUCUUUAUGAUAUCAGAGAAAUCAGAUUGCGUUCUUUUGUUACUGCUUCUUGAUGGAUGUACCUUUGCAGUUUGCCGUUGAACGCUUGACGGAUGUUACUGAAUUGUGAGAAAUAAAAAGGUCUCUUGAA